GCGGCUGCGCGCGGAGGCGGUGGAGGAGGUGCUGGGAGCAGCCGGGCAGCCGCUUCCCGCCCCCGAGCCGGAUCCGGUGUGAGCGGAGCAGAGCCGAGGUCGGGCCGCGAGCGGAGCCGGCUGAGCGGGCGCCGAGCUCCCGCCAUGGCCCGGAACACGCUGUCCUCGCGCUUCCGCCGGGUGGACAUCGACGAAUUUGACGAGAACAAAUUUGUGGACGAGCAGGAGGAGGCGGCGGCGGCGGCGGCGGAGCCAGGCCCGGACCCGAGCGAGGUGGACGGGCUCCUGCGGCAAGGGGACAUGCUUCGGGCAUUCCAUGCAGCCUUGCGGAACUCUCCCGUCAACACCAAGAAUCAAGCUGUGAAGGAGCGAGCCCAGGGCGUGGUGCUGAAAGUGCUCACAAACUUCAAGAGCAGCGAGAUUGAGCAGGCUGUGCAGUCACUGGACAGAAACGGUGUUGACUUGUUAAUGAAGUACAUUUAUAAAGGCUUUGAGAAGCCCACAGAAAAUAGCAGCGCAGUGUUACUCCAGUGGCACGAAAAGGCCUUAGCAGUAGGAGGACUAGGCUCCAUUAUAAGAGUUCUCACAGCAAGAAAGACUGUUUAAAAAAAACAAAAAGACUCAUGUUACUUGAGAAGAAUUCUGGAUGCCCAGGCUGGUGAAGAAGGGAUUGACAAUGGACCAUCUUCCUAGGAACUCCCAAGUAAACUAUUUCAGGACAUGUAUCUGCUGAAAUGUAUUUUAUUUUCAAGGUGGAGGGGAAAAUCGUCUGUUUCCUAAGUCCUGUUUAGGAUCUGAUAGUCUACGCCUUUGUCUCCGAGUACUGCAGAACUGACAUUUUGACGGUUUACCAGAGUGGCGGCUGGUGUUGGUCAGGUGCACCUGUGUGCACUGGGGGAGGGAUGGUUUGAGCAGGUGCAGAUCCAAGGGCUGUGGUAAACGGGAGAGCUUGUGUUUUUGAAGUGGAAAAAAACCCAAGAGUUUGUACAGACAUCCUGUCUUCCCAGAGAAGGUGGACACUCUUGGGCUCAUUGUAAAGUGCCUGCUGCAUCAAUAAAGCUCUUGGCUUAUUAGUA